CGAAUGCUUUCAGUCUUUUAUCACCGCUUCGUAGUCGGUGUACGAGCUGUGAGAAUCCCCCCUCCUUUCGCUCACGCUAAUGUAGGCUACGAGUUUUUUUGCUGUCGACUGAAAGCGUUCUUUUCGACCUCAGGGGGUUCUGGCGAAUGUUGCUGGUUAGGUAACGUCCACACUGCAAGCACCAUGGCAACUUUAGCGGCAACCAAGGAGAUUUUUCGCAGCGCGGACGCAGUGUGUUUCGACGUGGACAGCACCGUCAUCAAAGAGGAGGGCAUCGAUGAGCUGGCCAAGUUCUGCGGGGUCGGGGACGCGGUCACAGAGAUGACUCGGAAGGCGAUGGGCGGGUCCAUGACCUUCAAAACGGCGCUGAUGGAGCGGCUGGCCAUCAUCCGCUGCUCCCGGGAGCAGGUCAACAAGCUGAUCACAGAUCACCCGCCCCAGCUGACUCCAGGCGUUAAGGAGCUUGUGAAGAGUCUUCAGCAGCGCGGCGUGAAGGUCUUCCUGGUUUCCGGAGGGUUCCGCUGCAUCGUGGAGCACGUUGCCUCGCAGCUGGGCAUCCCGCUGGACCACGUCUACGCCAACCGGCUCAAGUUCUACUUCAACGGCGAGUACGCGGGGUUCGAUGAGACGCAGCCCACGGCGGAGUCCGGGGGGAAGGGCCGGGUGAUCAGCCUGCUGAAGGAGCUCUACGGCCUGGAGAAGGUGGUGAUGAUCGGAGACGGAGCCACAGACCUGGAGGCCUGUCCUCCUGCUAGUGCCUUCAUCGGAUUCGGCGGGAACGUCGUCAGACCGCAGGUGAAGGAGAGGAGUUCGUGGUACGUGACGAGUUUCGGAGAGCUCCUAAAGGAGCUGGAAAAGAUUUAAGGAGGAUUGAGGAGAGAGACUGCUGCAACCCCGUGUGAACGUUCUGACCUAACCCUUACCUCUUUGGGACUAACGACAGCAUGAGGAACCAUCUGUACAAAGGCUUCUCAUAGGGUUUUUAAAUUAUUAAUACUCAAUAUUAGCAGUUUGUUUCCUGCAAAUUCAUAAACGGAGUCCUUAGUUGUGAAGAAGGCUGAAUUAGCUUGUAAAGUAAUGCCGUUUUAACGGUGAUGCAACUCUAGCUGGCAGAAGACUUGUAGUUAUUUUUGAAGUAACAGGGCUUUGUUUUAACCAGUAAGCUAAAAGGGUAAAAACUGUUUAUUAUUUAGGCUUUUCUUGGCAUGAUGUACAUACUCCACCUAAAAAGAGAAAGACGCAAGUGCACAUUUUUAAAAUGGGGGGUGUGGGGGGGGGGGAGUGUGGUUCCCAGCCCUGUUCCUGGAGAUCUACGUUCUUGUAGUUUGUAUAAUUUCAACCCUAACAAAGCACACCUGAUUCUACUGAUUACCAGCACACCAAACUGUUGGGUAGCUGUUGAAUGAGGUGCACUUUGUUAGACCUGCAGGACGGUAGGUCUCCAGGAACAGGGUUGGGAACCACCGAAAUUUAAAGAGCAGGCCAACACAGGUCAGAAAACUGCUGUACCAGCGAUUCGUAUGGAUUAACAUUUUCAGCCCGACUGCACUGCUGGCCACGCCCACCCAGUGAUGUCAUUACAGGCAUUUCGGCCUCCACUGUCAGUGGAAAACACCUCCUAUGACAUCACUGAUUAAGGGGUGCCCUGCAGUGCAGCCUAGUUAAGAACUCCAACCCGUAGAGAAUGCUGCAUCAGCAGUUUUCCGUCCUGUGUUGACUUGCUCUCAAUAGCUGCUUGUGUAGUACUGUUACAAACACUGCUUCUCCCUCCUCUGCCCUUGUUCCCAGUGAAGGCACCACCCCCCCCCUUUUUUUUUUUCUAUGAAGUAUCUUUUCCAAACAAACUCUGUGUAACAUACACUGCUCUGUGUAACAUCCCGUGGCUGUAAUAAAAACAGGUGAGCCCAAGUGACACAA